AAGAGGAAACACUCUGUGGGAAUAAUUCACUUCAUUCUGUGUUGAUGGGUUGAAAGAACAUAAAGAGAAGGGAAAAAGAAAAAAAGCGAUAUAGAAAUAUGAUGAAGAUUGAAAUAUUAAAUGGGAAAGUCGUCAAGAGUCUAGACAUUGCAUCUUGUUUGGCUAAAAAUAGGAGCUUUUUUCUCCCUUUUAGAACGUAUAAUCCUUCAAUUUGACAAAAAGGAGGUAAAAAUUCCUCUCUGUGUUGGGGAAAAUUGAUGAAAAAUUUGUGUCAUGCGCAUAGAAGUCGCGAAGGAAGAGGCAUAAAUGGAGGAGGAAAAUCCAGAGACAGAGUGUCUCAUGGGGGAAAUAAAUAGCAAUAUUUGUAGGUGGAAAAUUGACUUUAGCUAUAUUGUGGGUGGAUUUUGGAUCAUCCUGUAAUUUUUCCGGCAUCCAUUCAGUGUUUUCUCUCUUGUCUCCAAAUGAAAAUACUCCAGUUUGAUGGAGACACUCUUUGGCGUCACAUUUAAUUCUGGAUAAAUAGAAAAAAAUUAUUAGUUAAUUUUUGGAUUCAAAAGAGUGUUUCUUGUCAAUUUUUACACCCUCCGUCUAUUAAAGUACAAAUUUUCUUGAGCUUUUUGCGUGUGUAGAAAGCUCUGGGAGAGAGCUUACAUCAGAAAAAUCUUUUGUUGUGGUUUUUGUGUUUUAAAAGAUUUUUCUGUGAUAUAUUUCUGUUAAUUUUUCACAGAGAAAUUGUCACUUUAAAUUUAAAGUGGAAACUCUGAAGCCUUUACAGACCUAAUAUUUAAAUUUUCGGUAAGAAUAGAAGGCCUUUGGAACUUUUUGAUGAUGAUCCAACUUCUGAAUUUUGUGAGAAAGACUGAGAAAAAUCUAUAAUGAAAUAAAAUGCAACCAAGUGGAAAAUGAUGAUGAGCUUAUAUGGCCAGCGGCAUAAUCAGCAAUGAUUCCCAGUUCCGUGUGUAUAUAUGACAGUGAAAAAUUCCCGGUGUAGUACAAAGAGAAACUCGAUUUUCAUGUGGAAGAGAUUUAAAUGAAUUCAGUCCGGUGACACGAAUGACUUUCAACUAGUCGGGCUUUUUUUCUGGCUCAAGGACAUAUACACAGAAAUUUAGGUGAAUAUUCAAGAGAGGUGCUUUUGGGGUGGCCAGAACGAGGCCAAAAUUCGUGCAGAGAGCAAGUUCAAGGUGGGCGGUGAGUGCGUGGAAAAACGGACGGAUAAGGCAUGGAAAGUGGAACGACUGAGGAAAAUUGCAGAGGGUGGCUGAGCAAUGGAGAUGACGACACAAUGACUGGAGUUCUCAAUGCGUGGAAUGAGAUGCUGGAGUCGGAAAAGAGUAGCCUAGUUGGUCGUGUGCACGAUCUAGAGAAGCGUGUUCUCACCCAACAGGAUGAGAUUGUUUGUCUGAGAUCUACACUCGCAGAUGUACUACGUCGCGUGAAUCAACUCGAGGGUCAAGUGGAGAGGGGUGCUUCAACUGCUGGUGGUCGAAGUGCUCCAAGUACUCCGGCUCGAAAUGGCGGUGGUUCUUUUUCUGCUCGGGCCAGUCCAACUCCAUACAGUCAGCCUCCGCCUACAACGGCAGACUGGAAACUGAGGAAACCCCUUCCGAGGUCUGGAAGCACAGCAGAGGCACGUCGAAGUGCUACUCUGCAUCAUACACGCACCAAAUCCAGCCACCAGUCAAAUGGAUCACUUCACUCGGACGGUACACCGAGUAGCACAUCUGUAUCGCCUGCUCCAUCACCCUCACCACGCCCCAAUACUUCUCAGGGACUCCUUCAGUCACAUUCUGGACUGGGGAAGCGCUGGAAUUCCACUGGGGACUUUAACACACAAUCACCGCUUCAAGCCAGAUUGGCGACCAAGUCGCUCCUCAAUUUGGCCUCGAAAUCUCCAGUGGGGCAUGUUUUCAAGCAUGGCACUCAUACUACCAGUUACAACGAAGAUGAUGGAAGUGUGAAGCUGUUCCUUCGUGGUAGGCCUGUAAUCUUCCAUGCACCUACUGAUGUACGCGAUACUUACGAUAUCUCAAAGGUCAAUCCGGCGCCAGCCAGAAAAUUGCGCCUAGAUUGGGUCUACGGCUAUCGUGGUCGUGACUGUCGUGCCAAUUUGCAUCAAAUGCCAACUGGUGAGAUGGCAUAUUUCGUAGCAGCCGCUGUGGUUCUCUAUAAUGCCGAAGAGCAAGCUCAAAGGCACUAUCUGGGCCAUACCGAUGACGUACGCAGCCUAGCGGUGCACCCCAAUAAACUUCUAGUGGCUACGGGUCAGUGUGCGGGUCACGAGAGACGUGACGGAAUGCCGCACAUUCGUGUGUGGAAUUCUGUGUCGCUGGCAACAGUUGCGGUGAUUGGUGUUGGAGAAUUUGCUGGUUCUGUCAACUGUUUGUCCUUCUCGAGGGCAGAUGCUGGGGCACUCCUUGUGGCUGUCGAUGAUGCGCCAGAUCGCACGAUAAGUGUAUGGGAGUGGCAACGUGGCGAAAGAGGUCAUCGAGUUACGGAAACUAAGUGUUCAGUGGACACGAUUGUGGGUGCUGAAUUUCAUCCACUGGAUCGUAAUCAGAUUGUUACAAUUGGGAAGAAUCAUAUUUGUUUCUGGACUCUGGAUCAGGGUGGAGCAUUGUACAAACGAAUGGGUGUCUUUGAAGGAAGGGACAAACCCAAGUAUGUCACUUGCAUGACUUUUACGGCCAAUGGAGACACUGUUACGGGUGAUUCCAAUGGAAAUGUAAUUGUAUGGGGUCGUGGGACCAACACUAUUGCCAAAUUUAUCAGACGCGUCCAUGAUGGAUCAAUUUUCUCCCUCUGUGCACUAAAAGAUGGAGGAAUCGUGUCUGGGGGAGGAAAGGAUGGUCGUCUCGUACUUUUCGAUGCCGAUCUCAAUCUUUUAGGUGCUCAAGCGGCCAUUGAAGCACAUUUUGGGGGAGUAAGAGUGGUUUCAGAGGGACGAGGAACGCAAUUGUUGGUCGGCACCACACGCAAUUGCAUCCUAACAGGAUCACUGGAAUUGGGUUUUUCUCCCGUGGUCAUGGGUCACACAGAUGAACUGUGGGGCCUUGCAACACAUCCGUCCCUGCCUCAUUUUGUCACUGGUGGUCGAGAUAGGCUUCUUCAGAUGUGGGAUUCACUGUCGCAUUCAGUUGUAUGGAGCAAGGAUAUUGGGGAACAGGUGCAAUCUUGUUGUUUCUCCCCAUCAGGAGAUACCAUUUGUGUAGGAGGUAUAUCUGGCAGAUGGAUGACAUUUGAUGCAACAACGAGAGAAUUGCUGGAUGAGCAUAUGGAUGGACAAGAACCUAUCCAGGCCGUCCGUUUCUCUCCAGAUGGAGCCUUUUUAGCCCUAGGAUCGCGCGACAAUGGCAUCUACGUUUAUCAAGUGAAUGGAAAUGGUCGUCGGUAUUCAAAAAUUGGCAGAUGCGUGGGACAUUCGAGCUUUGUGACACAUCUAGAUUGGUCAGAGGAUAGCAAAAUCAUGAGGACUAAUUCAGGGGAUUACGAACUUCUCUACUGGAAUCCCACGACUUGUCGGCAAAUAACUAAUCCUUCCAGUCUUCGUGACAUUUCCUGGGCUACUCAUUCCUGCACUCUGACGUUCCAGACCCUUGGUAUUUGGCCGGAAAAUGCUGAUGGGACCGAUGUCAACACUACAGCUCGAAGUCACGAUGCUAAACUCGUUGCAACUGGCGAUGAUUGGGGUAAAGUAAAGUUAUAUGGAUAUCCAGCCUGUCAACCGAAGUCACUGGCUCAUGUUGGAUGCGGUCAUAGUAGCCAUGUGACAGCUGUAGAAUUUCUUCAGGAAGAUGCAAGGCUCAUAUCGACCGGUGGACAUGACACAAGUGUUAUGCAAUGGACAAUUGGGUGAGGGUUCAGGAAUUCUCGCUCAAAGAAACGAAGCUGUAGUCGUACUCCCAGAAUCGCCUUUAACCAUCAGUCCAGCUCAAAUUCCGCAAAUCAGUAAAUUGAACCACGUAAAAGAGAUGAAUGUGUAAAUGUGUGCAUGAUAAGGAUAAAAGUGUUUAAUAUUUGUAUGAAGAUCAAUUUAGGAGUUUAAUUGAGAAAGAAGAAUGAAUUCUGAGACAAAUUUUUCUAUACAAAUUCCUUUUUUAAUCACAAGGCUCAAAUGUAGAAUGUCUUGUGCAUCAAUGAACCCACAAGGUUUAAUUUGAAGUCUAAAUGGAGUAAAUCUUUUAGAUUUAAGUGUAUUUCCUAAGUUUAAUUGCAUUUGAGUAACAGUCGAUCAAGAACAACUCUUGUUUUUUUUUUGCUACUUUGUGCCUUAAUUUCCAAAUGAAAUGCAAAAAAAAAGGAGAGGAGUCGAAGCGAUGAGGAAAUUGAUGAGAGAUAAUAGGGUAAAGUGUAGGAGUAGGAUGAUUAAAAAGGAAAAUCACUUUAUACUGUGGAACAAUUCAAUUAAAUAUGCUAAAUCAAGCGAAAAAAA